AUGCCGGCAUAUUUCCAAAGACCGGAAAAUGCUCUGAAAAGAGCAAACGAGUUCCUUGAGGUUGGCAAAAAGCAGCCAGCUCUAGAUGUUCUCUAUGAUGUUAUUAAAAGCAAGAAGCAUCGAACAUGGCAGAAGAUCCACGAGCCAAUCAUGCUCAAGUACCUGGAGCUGUGUGUGGACCUGCGCAAGAGCCACCUGGCCAAGGAGGGACUGUACCAGUACAAGAACAUUUGCCAACAGGUGAAUAUCAAGUCUCUGGAGGAUGUGGUGCGGGCCUAUCUUAAGUUGGCAGAGGAGAAGACUGAGACUGCAAAGGAGGAGUCCCAGCAGAUGGUCUUAGAUAUUGAGGACCUGGACAACAUUCAGACGCCAGAAAGUGUGCUGCUGAGUGCGGUGAGUGGAGAGGACACUCAGGAUCGUACUGACCGGCUGCUGCUCACUCCCUGGGUGAAGUUUCUGUGGGAAUCAUACCGUCAGUGCCUGGAUUUGCUGCGCAACAACUCUAAAGUGGAACGUCUCUACCAUGACAUCGCUCAGCAAGCUUUCAAGUUCUGUCUGCAGUACACCCGAAAGGCAGAGUUUCGCAAGCUCUGUGAUAACCUGCGUAUGCAUCUGGGUCAGAUCCAGCGCCACCAUAACCAGAGCACGGCGAUUAACCUCAACAACCCUGAGAGUCAGUCCAUGCACCUGGAAACUCGACUGGUCCAACUGGACAGUGCCAUCAGCAUGGAGCUCUGGCAGGAAGCUUUCAAGGCAGUUGAAGACAUCCAUGGUCUGUUUGCCCUGUCUAAGAAACCCCCCAAACCUCAGCUGAUGGCCAACUACUAUAACAAGGUGUCCACAGUCUUUUGGAAGUCAGGGAAUGCUCUGUUCCAUGCCUGUACAUUGCACCGCCUCUACCACCUCUCCAGAGAGAUGCGCAAGAAUCUGACCCAGGAGGAGAUGCAAAGGAUGUCCACUCGAGUUCUGCUGGCCACACUGUCCAUCCCCAUUACUCCGGAGCGUACGGACAUCGCCCGGCUGUUAGACAUGGAUGGCAUCAUCAUUGAGAAACACCGCCGACUUGCCACCCUGCUGGGCCUUCAGUCCCCACCUACCCGCCAGAGCCUCAUCAAUGACAUGGUGAGGUUUAAUCUGCUGCAGUACAUUGUAACUGAAGUCAAGGAGCUGUACAACUGGCUUGAGGUUGAUUUCCAUCCUCUCAAGCUUUGUGGGAGAGUCACCAAGGUGCUGAACUGGGUGAGAGAUCAGGCAGAGAAGGAGCCUGACCUCCAGCAGUAUGUGCCCCACCUCCAGAGCAACACCAUCCUCAGACUCCUGCAGCAGGUAGCACAGAUCUAUCAGAGCAUUGAGUUCAGCAGGCUGGCCUCUCUUGUGCCCUUUGUGGAUGCAUUCCAACUGGAGCGCUCCAUUGUGGAUGCUGCUCGUCAUUGUGACCUGCAGGUCCGAAUUGACCACACAACUCGCACCCUCAGUUUUGGAUCUGACCUGAACUACUCAACUAAAGAGGAUGCCCCAGUGGGUCCGUUCCUCCAGAACAUGCCUUCAGAACAGAUCCGGAACCAGCUCACAGCCAUGUCAGCCUCUCUAGCCAAGGCCAUCCAGGUCAUCAAACCUGCCUCCAUCCUGCAAGAGCGUGAGGAGCAAUCUCAGCAGGCCAUUGCGGCGUACCUUAAGAACGCCCGUAAGGAGCACCAGCGUAUCCUGGCUCGUCGUCAGACCAUUGAGGAGCGCAAGGAACGCCUGGAGAGCUUGAACAUACAGCGAGAGAAAGAGGAGCUGGAGCAGAGAGAGGCGGAGCUCCAGAAAGUGCGCAAGGCAGAGGAGGAACGUCUGAGACAGGAGGCAAAGGAGAGAGAGAAGGAACGAAUUAUGCAGGAACACGAACAGAUUAAGAAGAAGACAGUUCGUGAACGUCUGGAGCAGAUCAAGAAGACUGAGCUGGGUGCCAAGGCCUUCAAAGAUAUUGAUAUUGAGGACCUGGAGGAGCUGGACCCUGACUUCAUCAUGGCCAAACAGGUGGAGCAGCUUGAGAAAGAGAAGAAGGAGCUUCAGGAACGGCUGAAAAACCAGGAGAAGAAGAUUGACUACUUUGAGAGGGCAAAGCGCCUUGAGGAGAUCCCCUUGAUAAAGAAGGCCUACGAGGAGCAGCGCGUCAAGGACAUGGAGCUGUGGGAGCAACAGGAGGAAGAGAGGAUCAACAGCAUGAAAGUGGAGCGUGAAAAGGCUCUGGAGCACAAACAGAGGAUGUCCAGGAUGAUGGAGGACAAAGAAAGCUUUGUGUCCAAAAUCACAGCUGCACGCAGCUUCAUCUACGAGGAAAAACUGAAGCAGUUCCAGGAGCGCCUGGUUGAAGAGAGAAAGAAGCGCUUGGAGGAGAGAAAGCGCCAGCGUAAAGAAGACAGACGUAACGCCUUCUACCGUCAGAAAGAGGAGGAGGCGCAGAGAAUCCGUGAGGAGCAGCUGAAGAAAGAACGUGAAGAGCGCGAACGUUUGGAACAGGAGCAGAGAGAGGAGGAGGAGAGAGAAUACCAGGAGCGCCUCCGCAAACUGGAAGAGCAGGAGAGGAAACAACGUGCCCGUCAGCAGGAGAUUGAGGAACGAGAGCGUCGUAAAGAGGAGGAGAGGAGAGGCGCUCCUGAAGAGAGACCCAGCAAGGAAUGGGGAGAGAAGGAUGACCCGGGCUGGAGGAAGCGCACUGAAGGUGGAGAAUCUGACUGGCGUCGUCCAGGCACUGACCGUGACUGGCGUCAAGAGGGCCGUGACGAUCAUGACCGCGAUGAACGCGAUAGAGAGCCACCAUUCAGGCGUGGUGGAGACGGUCCACGACGUGGUGGGUUGGACGACCGUGGUCCAAGGCGAGGCUUCGAUGACGAACGUGGUCCAAGGCGAGGCUUCGAUGACGACCGCGGUCACAGGAGGGGAGGUGAUGACGACCGUGUUCCUAGACGAGGCAUGGACGAGGACCGUGGCCCAAGAAGGGGUUUCGAUGAUGACCGUGGUCCCCGGCGUGGUAUGGAUGACUCCAGAGGUCCCAGAAGAGGAGCUGAUGAUGACUGGGGUCGCAGGGGAGGCGACGAUGAAGGGAGAGGAGGCCGUCGCGGGAUGGAUGAUGGGCCGCGGCGUGGAGAUGAUUCCCGGCCCUGGAAACCCCUGGGCAGACCAGGUGGAUGGAGGGAGCGAGAAAAGGCUCGGGAAGAGAGCUGGGGUCCUCCUCGUGAGGCUGGGGGUCGUGAUGAAGGGGAUGACAGAGAGGGAGACGAACGCCACGAGAGCGAUCGCUUCAGAGAGCGCCGUCCACCACGGGAUGAGGGAGGUUGGCGUAGGGGUGGCGGGACUUCAGAUGAGCCCAGUAGCUGGCGUGACUCUCGCCGCGAGGACUUUGACCGCGAAGAUCGCCGUGACCGUCGGGAUAUGAGAGAGCGCAGAGACGACCGAGAGCGCGAUCACAGGGGAUCUCAAAGAGACCACGAUGACGGUGGUUCGUGGCGGCGCGGCGGAGACGACAGAAGAGAGGACCGCAAGGAUGAUCGCGAUGCUCCAAUGCGAAGUCGCGACAGAGACCGGGAGGGCGAGAGGAGCUGGCGAUCAGACAAAGACAAGGACACCCCACGUCGCUCCAAGAAUGAGGCUGACGACGAUGGGUGGACCACCGUACGCCGCUGAUGGCCAGAUUUAGCACAUGGCAUGUGUGUUUCUGCCAGUCUGUAUCGGCAUCUGCAUUAUCGAUAUAUCCCCCUAAUCUCUCCUAACAUCUCUGUGGGUCUUUCAGUGCUCUGGCUAUCAUAUUCAAAGCUCUUGCAUAGGAUUACAAAACUACUGUUGCAGUGCCAAAGUCGGCAGAUUACAUCAGCAAAAAUAUCCCUUGACUGUGUUGAAAAAGCAGAUUGACCUCCAUUGAAUACAUAGAUCAUUCCCGUUCUCUUUUGUUGUGCAUGCUUAGAGUGUUAAAUUGGUCUCACUCUUGAAAUGAAUUAGUGUUUUUGUUUUGAUUUGUUUUUUUUUUUCCUCGGGUGGGGGGAGGGGGGGGGCGGCCAGGUGUUGCAAUUUAAUUUGGCUGAACGUUGUAAAACCUCAGUCGUGGGCAAUUUUUUAAGUGAGGUCCGCACAUUCUAUCUGCACAGAUGAGUCUUCACUCUAGUCAUAGCUGCUUAUUCCUCAUGGUUGUAUGCAUUUUAAAACAAUAUAAAACAAUUUAUUAAUAAAGUCAUUUGCUGAA